AUGCACCAACAUCGCGAAAAUGGGCACGAGAAUGCUAGUGAAAGGACAGCUCUCCUCUCACCACAGGCCGAAGCACCAAACGGCGUGCCCAGGUCAAUCGUCAACGUGAACGCGCACCACACUCGCUGCUCAUGGCCGUGGAUCUACGUCGUGCUUCUCUGCAUCGUCCUCGCCGUCGUUUCAGACGUUGGUGAAUCUCUCUACGCCGCGCCAAGAGUCCGGCUCUUUGAGUCCGUUGCCUGUACCCGCUACUAUCUGCGGCACGAUCCGUCGUUAGUGGAUCGUGACGGAUCCGUCCCCGAGCGCCUCUGUAAGAUCGACUCGGUGCAGGACAAGGUCGCCUCGGUCGUGGGAUGGCAGUACUUUUUUGAUGCCAUUCCCGCGAUUUUGCUUCCGAUUCCUUAUGGUUAUGUGGCCGACUUGCAUGGACGUAAAUGGAUCCUGGUUGGAGUUCUGCAUUUAACUUUGAACGCAGUCUGGCUUUCUUCGCUCUUCUUCAUCAUCGGCGGCGGCCCAACCACAGGCACAACCUUACUCACAACGGUUGUUGCUGAUGUCGUACCAGCGGAGGUCAGGAGUACGGUGUUCUUUUAUCGCUUCUGUACCGACCUUGUCGCAGACUUGAUUGUCCCCCCAAUCACCUCAAUGCUGAUGCACAAGAACACAUGGAUACCUCUCUUGCUGGCUGUGGCCUUCCAAGGGCUCAGUGUCAUUCUAGCACUUGGCUUGCCAGAAACAUUGCCAAUGGUUGACCCAAAGAGGUCUGGUGAGGAAGCCGAUGGUCUCUCAGCCACAAGUAGCGAACAAACAGAGGCGCCAGCAAAGAAUGAUAGCAAAUGGGGAAGCUGGUUUGCUCGGAACAAAGACUCGUUCGACUUCGUCAUAAAAGACAGAGCUCUGUCCGCCUUUGUUUUUACCUUUCUCAUCUCCAAGGUUGGGCGCCAAGCUGCUAAUAUGCUCUUCCAAUAUGUCUCGAAGCGAUAUGGGUGGACUUUAGCACAGGCAGGGUUUCUCAUAUCGCUACGAGCCGGUGUAAAUAUUGCUCUGUUCACGGUCAUACUGCCUUUCAUUGCGACAUACGUCCUCACGGCGAUUGGCAUGAUCAUCGGGCUUGUCAUAUCCACCUUGGGCUCAGGCUUUUCGCCAACCAUGCGCAGUCUAACAACCAGUCUUGUCGAAUCUCGGCACCCCAACGCUACAAGCGAUAUCGGGCGGCUUUAUGCGCUCAUAUCUGUGGCAGAAGGGAUAGGAAGCUUGGUGGCGGGUCCCGGGAUGGCCUUGGCCUUCCGCGUGGGCAUGAGCUGGGGACAAGUCUGGCUCGGGCUGCCCUUCGGAUUUGCUGCUCUGCUUUUCGCCUUAGUCUCGAUCAUUGUGUUUAGUGUGAAGGUUUAG